GAGUCGGACCCGAGGAGCCCGCCUCCCCCCGACCUGGCGUCCAGUCUCCUAGCAACGACGCGGUUCUCCUGGGAACUUCCCUUUGGUUCCCUCCUGCCCACAACUCCCGUUUGUUGCCAGGUUGAGCUGCUUUUUCCUCGAUCGUCCUGGGUUCAGCCACCCCGAAGGGCCGUCAAAAUUCUCGUCUAUUUUAGAUCAUGUCUGGAGAUAAGCCUGCGCAGAGCCCAGAGGAAGGUGUCUGCAUCACUGAAACCCUGAUCACUAAGCGCAACCUGACUUUCCCCGAGGAUGAGGACCUGUCAGAGAGGAUGUUUCACACCCUUGCUGACCUGCAGACUGUGCGCCUGGACCAGGAGCGGAUUACCACGAUCAGGAACCUAGAGGGCCUGCAGAAUAUUCACAGCCUCUAUCUGCAAGAGAACAAGAUCCAGCGGAUCGAGAACCUGGCUUGCAUUCCCUCCUUGCGCUUCCUGUCCCUGGCAGGAAACCGCAUCAGGCAGGUGGAAAACCUCCUCGCCCUCCCACACCUCCAGUUUCUGGACCUCUCUGGGAACCUGAUAGAUUCGCUAAUGCUGGGUGAGCUACCCCAGAGCCUUCUCAUCCUCAACCUCACUGGAAACAAAUGCACCACCCGGAAGGGCUACAGGGAAAUGGUCACCGCGGCGCUGCCCCUGCUCCUGGACCUGGACAGGCAGCCUGUGGCCGAGCGCUGGACCUCAGAGGACGAGGACCAGGCCUCAGGGGACGAGGAUGAGUUCCCAGAGCUGAGUGGCCCCUUCUGCUCAGAGCGAGGUGCCCCGGCUUUCCAGGGCUGUGGCCUCCCCUGAGCCACCCUGCUCUGCGGGGCCUGGGGAUGAGGGCACUGGGGUCCAGAGAGCAGCCGCAAGCGCAGGCGGCAUGGUGGGGGUACAGGCGGUGGGCAGGUGGUGGCCUGGGCAGCCAGGGACCGAGCCC